GACCAAACAUGGUUACUAUAACAAUCUACGCCUACUACAACUCUGUUUACACUGGUUACGCACCAAAAACAAUUUCAUUUCCCUUUACUUCCUUUACUUCAUACAAAAUGUCAUCACGAUCGCCAGAAAAAUUCCCCCCUGCACCACAAAAGAAAGCCCUGCGUAAAUCCGGAACACAAUUCCGUCUCUCACGUCGUGUAAAUCGUGUCCAAGUUUACUUCAACGGCGAAAAUGUCACACCGCGUACAAUACCCACCGCCUGCUUCAAAGCAGCCAAAGAACGCAAAAUCGCAGAGUCCGACGUGCAAUUCUCCGGAACAAUCGCAACACUCAACCGAACCAUGAUCCAAGCCAGUAAAGUCUUCGCCAAUUCAUCCUACACUCAUGUAGGCAGAACAACAUCUGCUUUUAUUACUUUCGGAGGCGUGAGCACCCUGCAAGAGACCGCCUCUGAAGUCAUCACUGGAUACGUGGAUGCAACCAGCACUACAUCACCAAACAUAGACGAUAUGCAAUUCCCUGCGGAAAUAAAAGAAUUUGAAUCACCGCGUGUCCCAAUGCCGGAAUUCGUCUCUCUGGUCAUCCAAGAAACAGAAACUGAGAUUUUAUUGGAUUUACCAUCGUCCACAGUGGAGAAAGACACUCCGGAAGGUGAAUUGGCCGAAGAAGACAACAAAACAUACGAAUAUCUUACUGAAGGACGCGGAAAAAAUCGAAAAAUGGUCAAUGCAAUCAUCCAAACGGUGUCUGUGUUGAAUAAAACCAAGUUUACAGAAGCGCCGCGUGUGAAAAGCAACAAUGAUCAUUCAUUCGUAUCAUUAUGGGAGUUGUAUGAUACAUAUUACAAUGAUUAUGUACCGGCGAAUACAAGUCUCAGCCUGACAUCUAUCGAGAAAGACACCGCAUUAACCAAAGACGAUAUUGAAAUGAUUAAACUGUCAAAGAAUGAAAGAUACAUGGAUUCGGUUUGUAUCAUGCAGAGAAUCCUCGCUAAUAAUGUGUUUAAUGAGCAACAGAAGAGAUUUCGUGGAUUGAGUGAUCCAAGUCCUUUUCGCGAGGGAAUUGAAUACAAUUAUAGGUUAAAUUUUUUAUGGACGUUUGCCAAUGGUGAUACAAAAGAUCGUUGUGUGUCAGCUAUGUGCAUAAACAAAGUGAAUCAUGAUAUAAUCGCAGUUGGAUAUGGUCGUUUCUACUAUGAUGAAGAUGUGACAGGAUUAGUUCUUCUUUGGAAUAUAAAAAAUCCUGUACAGCCUGAACGACAGUAUCACUUCAGUACACCAGUGACAUCUUUGAACUUUAGCAAUCAGUAUCACAAUAUGUUAGCGAUUGGUUUUUACGAUGGUACUGUCAAGGUCAUAGAUGUCAGUCGACGAGAGGUUAGUAUCAUUGGAGUGAAUUGUAAAGCUAGUAGUCAGCUUUACGAACCAAUAUGGCAACUCAAUUGGUAUACAGAUGUUGAUUACUACAGAGGUCAAGAAUUCCUCGUUGCCACAUGUCAAAAUGGCCGCAUUGCUAAGCUCCGCCUCAGUCGACAGAGUAUCCUCAUGAGUAGUCAUCAUAUGAUGCGUAUUACAUCCGCUGAAGGUAAACUCAAAGGAAUCGAAACCCUGCGUAAAUGCACAUCGAAAAAAGUCUCACAUUCAAGAGUAUCCCCCGCAUUGGUCUACACAAGUCAUCCGAUAGAUCCCAGAAUAUACUACAUUUGCACUAGUGAAGGUAACGUGCAUAAAUGCUCAAAAAAUUACUUCCAUCAACAUCUUGAGCUUUUUCUCGCACAUGAUGGUCCUAUGUAUUCAAUGGAGUUUUCUCCUUUUUGUAAUAAAUUAUUCCUGACCUGCGGUGAUGAUUGGGCGAUUCGUUUAUGGGCGGAUGGAAUCGCCGAGCCUUUGUUUGAGAUCAAAAAAAGAUGGCUGGGUGUACAGGGCGUGGCUUGGAGUCCGUCACAUUCGACUAUCAUCGCGAGUAUUUCGGGUAAUGAAAUAUUCAUCUGGGAUCUGCAACGCAAGACGUAUGAUUCGCAGAGUGCAACAAUGUCACCAACCAAAUCACGAAAUACGUUGAUUCAGUUUACGCAUGAUGGGAGGUGUCUAUUGGUUGCGGAUAUUGAUGGGAAUGUGCAUGUGUUUUCAUUGGAGGAUAUGCCGUUUGCGGCGUAUUUUCAAGAGAAUUUGUUGACGCAGUCGAUCAAACGCGCAUUGAUUACACGCCCGGAUUUGUUGAAUAGUAUUGAUAAGUUGGAUGGGUUGAGUUAUCCACCUGGAUCUACAGAAAUUAAAUAAUUUUUCUAUUUAAGUCAGAAUUUUCGAUUUUUAACUAUUUUUAUUUCAGUUUUAAUUUUUAUUUUCACCUGUUUAGAAUAAAAGGUUGCCUAACAUAGA